AAAGCCUCGAGUUCAUGCAAAAAGCGCCAGUUUGCUAAUGAAUCUAUUCAAAGGAAGCCAAGGAUACCGGGAGUUGUGAAUUAUGGAACAACGAGAGUAGUGAGUGUUCCAACUUCCCAACCACGACAAAAAGGCGCCAAUGUGACACGCCUCCAAAGGGGAGGCAUGAACAAAACAACCACCAUCGGAGGUGAGAACGACGUGGAAUAUUGAGUGUCCAACGUGGUUCAAGGGGAGGUGGAAUUCGUACAAGUUUGGCGAGGACCCUUCUUGUAAAUUGGAACAAUAAGAACAUGGGAAAGGAAGCCCUUGAAGCCUGCCGUAUGGCAAGCUGGACGAAAAUGUCAUCAUUUGGUGAAUAAGAAGAAGGUUAGCCUAGCUAAAAAAGGAAGGGUUUCAAUCCUUGAAACGAGUGGAAUCUGGGAAAGCGGAACCUCCGUGGGACAGAAAGACGCAUUGGAACGUGGAACAUUUGACGGAACUCAAACUGCCUUGUGUUAACCUCGAGUGCAAUCAAGAAUCCAGAUCGCUCAUUGUUCCUGAAAGCUGGCUGCUUUUUUCCAUUGGUACGCCAAAACUGUUUUUUGUGACCCUCAUCAUGCAAUUACGAGAAGGAACUGUUUGGAAACUUCGCCCUAAAGUGAAACAAAACUUUGCCGUUUCGUUGUAAAUAAACGCUCGGUUGGGUCCCUCCCUGCUGACCAAUAAUUUCGAACUUUUAGGGAUUGAUUUGCCCUUCAAAGAACUCAUCCAACAAUCAAACUCAAGCUCCCAAAUCCACUCUCAAGUAAAAGGUUGCCUACACCUACAAUAGAAGCAUGAGUAAGAACAAAAUGUCUAUGUGUUACCCCUAUGGGAUGGGCGUAUCAUGCAUCUGUGAUAAUCGAGGACGAAUUUACAAAUGCUUUCCCAACCUGGAAAACAUCCCCACGGAUCACAAUCAUGACCCGAAUGGCGAAGCCAUGCUCAGUCGAGAUGAUCGGGCCGAAUCCGGACUUCUGGGCGACGAUAUGAGCGUGAUCGAUACGCUGACCGGAAACGCGGGUCGAGAUCGAGGCUUGGAUGAAAGGACUGAGAUCAUCCUGGCCGCCACAUUCCUAGUCCUCAUCAUACUCGCUUUCAUCAGUUUCGUAAUCUAUCGGUGUGAGAAGAAUUAUAUGCGGCGCAGACUUCAAGAGAGCUUCCACAUUUCGCCGUCGGGUGGCACGAUGAGCACACAUUUGGGUGGGCACAUUCCCUCGAUCUCGGUUUCCGUACAGACCGAGCCCAUGAUGACAACCCUCAAUGGAAAUGGUCACCUGGCCAAUCUGGCAAACACGGCGGAACUUUUGGUCAAUGGACAUUCCCAAGCUCGACCUAGCUAUAGCUCUGCCACUUUACCACACAAUGCUCACCUGGUAUCCUCUUUGGCUCAUCAGAACAGUCAUGACCUCGAGGACCACGAACCAAGUCGAAACCACAACGGUAAUGGGGCCGGAGCCAUUUGGACCAGCAUGAUGCACACUGCUCAAUCCUUCCGCGAUGUCCGCGAUGUCAUUGCCAUGAGCCACUCACGCGACAACACCUUGAAUCGGGAAGCGUUGCAUCACUCGAGAGAUGACGGAAUCUUGCGAGGAUCAUGUACGGCCGAAAACCUUCGCUCUCCAAGUGCUUUAGGCGGUACCAUGGGGCGUGUCAAUGGUCAUGUGGGUCAGCACAGCUCCGGGGAUCUCGUGGAUGACGACGCUCACACGGAAUAUGCAGAGAGUGACGUCAUGCUUGGCGGAAACGGAACCAGUAGCAGCAACGGAAGCGCCAGUGCUAACGGUGUUAACACUGGCCACAGAUAUUGACCCAGAGCUAGAUUGAACUUGUGUGGGGCGACACAAGACAAGUUGGUCAAUGUCCAAGCCUUGAUUCUGUUCGCCAAUGCCGACAUCUAGGGCUCCACCUUCGGCCAUUUGUAGGAAUAUUUCAUGACUUCCUGUGCGCGUACAUAGGUCUAGAGGGAAAUUACAAUCCCAUAUCCUACGUUGACACAAUGUUAGAGUGAGUUUAUAAAUAUUGACCGGGAUAUUGAAGUUGUGUCAGUUGUUUGACAGGGUGGGUGACCCAAAUAUUUAAAUUAGAAGGAAAUUGGGCUACCUGAAUCCAACCAUUUUGAGCAUUGAGAUGAUUCCAUCAUGGAAUUGAUCUCUUUGAUUAUUGGAUUGUUUUAUACCAAUGCAGUGGAAUGAUGAAAAUGAAACCUCUCCUUCAAUCUCGUUUGACUCUGUAGGAUUUUUUAUUUGCGCAUUCGCCCCAAUAUAGGCUUGACAAGUAUUACUAUGUGUGGUAUGUCAUUAUUGUUCUGGACCAUUUUUGAACUUGGGAGUACCAUAACAAUUUUCAGGAAUUUGAAAUACACUUAUAUUCGAAUCUA